AUGUUUUUGCUCGCUAGUGCCGGCGUGGUGUUAUCUACCAUGAGUGCUCUCUAUAUUAUCUACAGAGCAUUUAAUAAUUUCUCUCCGGUAAUGCACAUUACAUGUUUUAUUGGUACUCUGAUCAUUGAAGCUCUAUGUAUUCUCGACCUUUUGCGAGCCGUUGACUUGUUAGAGUUUGAUGAUAAAUACAUUAGCAUAUAUUUUCUGUUCACCUCAUUAACAGCAAUUCUUUCAUGCUAUGUCCUUUUACACGUUGGCACUAAUUUUUAUCAAGAAUAUAACUUUAUCAAGACCUUUCUAAUAUUUGCACCAAUUGCGGUGACUUUCGGCGUUUUUGGGGUUUCAGUUUAUACGGUUAUAACAUUCUCUAUUAAUUAUAAUUCUAAUAAGACAUAUGACGUAGAUAUAGAUAUGUCACUGGAAAAACUUACCCUGUUUUUAAGUCUCUUGGCUGCUGGACUAACUCUCGCGUAUGUAGUAUGUCCAUUAUUCACCAUUCGUCGUCAAACAGAGCUUCGUCCCGAACAAACCGCAAUCUCAAUAAUAAAUCUAUUGACGGUCCUGAUAUUCUUUGUGGCACAUUUUGCUGUUUAUUGCACGAUAAUUCUAAGUGGUCCGCUCUCAGAUAUUGACAUAGAAUCAAUUCACAACAUUAUUUUAUUGUUAAUAUUUCCUGGAUGUUUGAUAAAACCACCCAGGAAAUUGGUAAAAAUUGUUAAACGAAAAAUGUUGGGGGUCGAAGAAUUGUUAAUUGGUGGAGAUUUUAGGCCAGCAAUGAUGCUCAAUGGCUUUGAUCAAGCAAAGGGUCCCAUAAUUGAGCAUGUACUGCCUGCACAUAUUUCGAAUUCACGUCGUUCACUAAUGAAUUCUGCAUCACCAAAGCGUAGCGAUACUCCAUAA